ACACCCAAGAAGAAGAAGAACUUUGGUUGUAGUUCUAAGCGGCGAUCAGGUAGUGCAGGGAGAACCGAGCUGACCUUUACGGAACACCGGCAGAGGAGGCGAGCCCACUCGGAGCAGCGGGGAGGCGGUCAGUGUGUCUGUGUGGGUCCGGGCGCGGAGGGAAGAUGAGUGACGCCGGUGUGGACACGAGCACGCUCUGCCUCUUUGACGUUGACGGCACGCUUACGGCCGCGAGACAGCGGGUGACCCCGGACAUGGCAGAGUUCCUCCAGAAGCUGAGGACUCUGGUUCGGGUCGGCGUCGUCGGAGGGUCCGACCUCAGCAAGAUCAAGGAGCAGCUGGGAGAUGACGUGAUCCAGAAGGUGGACUACGUGUUUGCUGAGAACGGCCUGGUGGCGUAUAAGAACGGACAGUUACACUCUGUGCAGUCCAUUCAGGCCCACAUGGGGGAGGAGCUGCUGCAAGACUUCAUCAACUUCUGUCUGAACUACAUGGCCAAGAUCAAACUGCCCAAGAAAAGGGGGACCUUCGUGGAGUUUCGUAACGGGAUGUUGAACGUGUCUCCGAUCGGACGCAGCUGCACGCAGGAGGAGCGGAUCGAGUUCUACGAGCUGGACAAGAAGGAGAAAAUCCGAGAGACGUUUGUGUCCGUGUUAAAGGAGGAGUUCAAAGGAAAAGGACUCUCGUUUUCCAUCGGAGGUCAGAUCAGCUUUGACGUGUUUCCUGACGGCUGGGAUAAAAGGUACUGCCUGGGCAUCGUGGAGAAGGACGACUACUCCACCAUCCACUUCUUUGGAGAUAAGACCAAACCUGGAGGAAACGACUACGAGAUCUACUGCGACCCCCGGACCGUCGGCCACGAGGUGUCCAGCCCGGAGGAGACGCGGCGCCUGUGCGAGCAGCUCUUCUUCUCCUGAGUGCGAACACCUGCCAGCUGUGACUCUGCGUCACCAAUAACGACAGACGGGAGGAGGAGCUGAUGAACGCUGACGUCACUUUUUGAUUUUAGCUGCUUGUUUGGUCAGGGUUGGUGGGUUUGUCUCUCUGUGAUCUGUGUGUUUGAUUCCACGUGACCCGCUGAGCCUCCGCGUACGGAGGACUGUUUGAUGAAUCUGUGGUUCAGCUCGGGGUUUUUUGCUGUUACUAGAAGGUUCGGGGAAGUCCCUGCAGCCUCACGCUGUGGGCGGAGCAAUGACACGUGGCUGUGGUUUACCAUCCUCCUGCCUGAGUGUAAAUAAAGGUGGAUGACAUCACAGCUGUACUGAAACGGGUUCAUCUCCACUCUGUUGUCCAUCUUUGUUAUACAGUCUGUGUUUCAGGAGUAAAGUAGCAGCUGAUCCUGUUAUGAGGUCGUUUUAUACAACAUGUGGAAAAUCGUAGCCAUGCUUUAAAUAAUAAUCGUGUGAUGUUUCUGUACAUGAUGACGUUACCGUUAACGGCGAGGGGAAUAAAAGGGAACCAACACUCUGAAA